CUAAAGUGCCCUGCCAAUGACUCCUUCUCGUUUGAGAGUCUCCCUUUAACAUUCUUUCCUAAAACCUGUGAUCUGUCCCUUUCCCCCGCUCCCAGGAUUCCCAGCAAGGAUAGUGAUCUGAGGAGGAAUUUACUCUCUCACCUUUGUCCCCAGGCCUGGCACCUCACAUGGAUAACAACUCUCUCCCAACAUUGGCCCAGGGACACGUCUUACCCUAAACAAACCAACCUCUCCUCACAUCCCCCACUCUGUACUUUCACUAACUAUGCAUUGGCAGGUUCUGCCAAGUUCUACCUGUAACUGGCUUCAUUUUCAAGUCAGAUGUUUGGCAGCUGCUCUAUCCCCUGCAACAAGCAGCCAUGCCAGCUGGACAUACACUUCUUCCAGGACUCCUGGCAGCCAGGACAGAGUUGAGACCACAGCUGUUGAGACCCUGAGCCCUGGGUCUGUGUUCCUCAAGAAGGGCCUCCCCAGCAAUGACUUCCUCAUUGCUCCUGGCCUUUCUCCUCCUGGCUACAACUGCAGCGGCCACUCCCAGAGCUGGUGGCCAGUGUCCAGCAUGUGGGGGGCCCACCUUGGACCUGGAGAGCCAGCGGGAGCUGCUUCUUGACCUGGCCAAGAGAAGCAUCUUGAACAAGCUGCACCUCCGCCAGCGCCCGACACUGAACCAUCCUGUGUCCAGAGCUGCUCUGAGGACCGCACUGCAGCGCCUCGACCGGCUCCCACAGGGGACACUUCCAGAGGACAACAGGGAACAGGAAUGUGAAAUCAUCAGUUUUGCCAAGACAGGCCUCUCCACCAUCAACCAGACUCGUCUUGAUUUUCACUUCUCUGAUAGAACUGCUGGUGGCAUAGAGGUCCAGCAGGCCAGCCUCAUGUUCUUUGUGCAGCUCCCUUCCAAUACCACUUGGACCUUGAAAGUGAGGGUCCUUGUGCUGAGUCCACAUAACACUAACCUCACCUUGGUUACUCAGUACCUGCUGGAGGUGAAUGCCAGUGGCUGGCAUCAGCUCCUUCUAGGGCCUGAAGCUCAAGCUGCCUGCAGCCAGGGGCACCUGACCCUGGAGCUGGUACCUGACGGCCAGGUAUCCCAGAGCUCAGUCAUCUUGGGCGGAGCUGCUCAUAGGCCUUUUGUGGCAGCCCGGGUGAGAGUUGGGGGCAAACACCGGAUUCGCCGACGGGGCAUCGACUGCCAAGGAGGGUCCAGGAUGUGCUGUCGACAAGAGUUUUUUGUGGACUUCCGUGAGAUUGGCUGGCACGACUGGAUCAUCCAGCCUGAGGGCUACGCCAUGAACUUCUGCAUAGGGCAGUGCCCGCUACACAUAGCAGGCAUGCCUGGUAUUGCUGCCUCCUUUCACACUGCCGUGCUCAAUCUUCUCAAGGCCAACACAGCUGCAGGCUCCACUGGAGGGGGCUCAUGCUGUGUGCCGACAUCCAGGCGCCCCCUGUCUCUGCUCUACUAUGACAGGGACAGCAACAUUGUCAAGACUGACAUACCUGACAUGGUAGUAGAGGCCUGUGGGUGCAGUUAGUCUAUGUGUGGUGUGGGCAGCCCAAGGCGGCGUGGGCAAACAUGCCCCCACAGAAGUGCACUUCCUUGAGAGGAGGGAAUGACCGCAUUCUCUGUCCAGAAUGUGGACUCCCUCUUCCUGAGCAUCUUAUGGAAAUUACCCCACCUUUGACUUGAAGAGACCUUCAUCUAAAGAGUCACUGUCCCAUCUUUCUGACCACUACCCUAUUUCCUAGGGCAAAGUCUAUCCUGUUAGCCCCACAUACUUACCCCCAACUCCAAGGACUCAGACCCAUCUCCAACCAUGAGCAAUGCCAUCUAGUUCUCAGGCAAAGACACCCUUCGCUCACCUUUAAUUGACCCUGUAACCUACUAUGUCUUCCUGUCCUUUCCACUUGAUGGUCCCCACUCCAAGAUGAGUUGACACAGCCCCUUCUCCUGAUUUUUGUAGAUCUCCAGAGAGCCUCUUCUUUGGAUUAACCGAAGUUUAGAUCACUGCUGUCCAAAAUAGAGGCUCACUUACCCCCAUUUGUUUUGAACCCCUUUCCUUCUUACUUGUCCAGGUGAACUGCCAACACUCUCUUUGCAUACCCUCAUCCAUUUUUUGUCCUUCUCUGCCUUUCUCUAUGCCUUUAAGAGCUGACUCACCUGAGCUUCCCUGCCCUCUGGCUUCCUGCUGAGGCCAGAGCAUUUCUCAUUCCUGCUCCCUCUCUGCCUAGGUGCCACGGUUCUGUGUAACUGGCUGUACUGUGUCCCUAUACUAGUAAUCUGGCUACCCGCUUCCAUGGCCUCAGCUCUGCCUACAUUCUGAUAUCACCGCUUCAACACUAGGGGGUCCUAAUGACUUUCUAUGUUGCUAGUCCCUAGGGCUUCAACAUCUCUUACUGGUUCCCUUAACUCUGCCUAUACCUCUGUAAAUAAAACAGACAGCUGAAUGGUUCCUCUGUCUCCUACAAGGGCCCUAACUGGCACCCCAGAUGACACAGAGCCCGCCUGCCUAUGCUGUAGUCUGCCUACUCUGCUCUCUCUUCACAUGGUCUUCUUGGGACUGAGCUACUGUAUCCAUCUCACACUUUAUGCCUCUUCUUUCUUAGCCAACCCUGCCCCCAAUCCUUCUAGAACCAUCGUUAGGUCUCAUGACUAAUAAAAACCUAGGUUACCUGUUCCCUCUGUAAUCCCUCCAAAAGAUGAGACAGAUCAAUACUCAGUCAUCAAGUAAACUUAACCACCUGUGGGCAAGCAGGUGUGGGAGGCAGAGGCAUGCUCAGAGCUGGCUGCCAAAACCUGUGACUUGCCUUCCUUUCACCUGCCCCGGGUGCUCCACCCAGGAGUCCUGCCUGGAUGCUGGAACAGGCAAAGGCUGCUGGAGAGGGACAGGGAGAAGAGGAAGGCCUGUGUGAGGAGAGGGUAGCAUUUGCUCUGAGACUGGGUCUUUUUUAGACCUUUGCCCUUCCUCCCCCAGAUCUCCCCCUUUGGCUGGACAGUCCUGAACCACGAGGUCGAUAUUGUCUGCAGCCCAAGGCCGAGCUUGCGCAAAACCUGUGUGUUCUUUGGUAAACGUGAUGUCUGUGUUUGCUCAGCUUAUAACCCCCUCCUACGAGGUUAAGAGGUCCCUGAAAUAGGAACCCUGGAGGGGAAAGUCUGAAAAGGACUCCCUGGAGGACUGUAAAUCUGAGCUUGGGGGCUUCCUGAGCAGCCCAUGGAAGUUAUUCCACCUUUAACUUGAGGAGACCUUCAUCUAUGGAGAAUCUAAGGAGGCCUUCCGGUGUCUCCCCCACACGCCCCCGACCCCCAUACCCCCAACCCCCAGAUCUAACCUCCUUCCCAAUUACAGCUUAGUCCCCAGGGCCAAGACUGGGGUGAGGCAAAGUGAAUCAUUCACCUGGGGUUGGGGAUAAAUUUUAAGGAGGUGGUAAAAAAUGUAUUAAUCAAGAUAAGAUUCCACUGCAAUAUUUUUUUAAAGUCAAAAUUAAUGCAAAAAAAUCUGUGAUGAACAAAAUAGCCUAUUUUUAAAUAAAAACAGGAUCAGCAUUA